CUUUAUACCGCUAGUGACCCACAUAAACCCACACGCCCAAACAAGUGCAAGUCACUCUUCUCUCUCUCAACCAAACCAAAACCUCCGCCCCCACCUCAACAACGACAGUUCCACCAUCCGAACCACCACCACCACCAGUACCACCAUUCCAUUGACAACCACACAAUAACAGUGUCUCCAACUGUCUGUAAACCAGAACUCUUGAUCAAACAGAGAGAAACUCAAGAUGUACAGGGACGUCUCUAGCUGCAAUACUUACAAUUACGGCGAUUCUUUGUAUUGGGAUGCGCGCUAUGUGCAAGAGGCUGGUAGUUUCGAUUGGUACCAGCGUUACUCUUCUCUUCGCCCAUUUGUUCGUCGCUAUAUCCCGACUUCCUCUCGCGUUCUCAUGGUUGGCUGUGGCAAUGCCCUCAUGUCAGAGGAUAUGGUGAAGGAUGGGUACGAAGACAUAACAAACAUUGACAUUUCAUCAGUGGCUAUUGACAUGAUGAGAAAAAAAUACGAGCAUAUCCCCCAGCUCAAAUACAUGCGAAUGGAUGUUAGAGAUAUGAGUUUCUUCCCAGAUGAUUCUUUUGAUAGUGUCAUCGACAAGGGAACUCUUGAUUCAUUAAUGUGCGGGAAUGAUGCUCCGAUUAGUGCUGCUCAGAUGUUGGGGGAAGUAAGCAGGCUUCUUAAACCUGGAGGAAUUCAUAUGUUGAUAACCUAUGGUGAUCCUACAGUAAGGAUGCUUCAUUUGAGCCAGCCUGUGUACAAUUGGAAAAUUGUCUUGUACAUAAUACCCAGACCAGGAUUUGAAAGGCCUGCAGGUGGUUCAUCAUCACGCUCAUUUUUGGAACCUGUCCCCAUAACUGAGAACGGGUUACUUCGGGCAGAUUUCAUAUUAGAAGAUCCUGAUUCUCACUUUAUAUACGUCUGUAAAAAGAUGGAUGAAACAACAGAUCUUCAUAGCAUAACCCACUGCCCACUAACGGCUGAUGUUUCCUAGGAUUUAGUUACAGUCAGGCAUUAAGGUAGUGAUUACCUUGUUCAAGCUUCAACAUGGACCAUAACUGUUUGUAUGAAUAUCACUGCAUGUACCACAAGGCCUGGUCAUUGGCAAGCUUUUACUAUUUGUUGUGAAAAUUGUUUUUGUUUUGCCUGAUAUGUCAGAUUAGAAUCUAGAUGAGAUGAAGGAAAAAGAACAAGAAGAAAGAAUCUUGUUCUAGAUGAGUCGGUGAAAUAAGCACUUCAGUUUAUCGCUCUUUGUGCAUCAUCUGAAGUGCCUUCAGAUUCCAAGUUGAACAUUUUAAUUUGCUUUAUUCUAAAACAUGCUUAAUUCUAUUGUGGAACUUGUUCAAAUGGAGGAGCUUAACCGCCCGGUUUCUCUUUAUUCAUUA